AAAACACAACCAAUCCAAAUACUGAUGUAAAAUUAAUAAGUAUAGAAUUUGCUGGAAGAGGAUAUGUCAAAACGGUUGCAUUUGCCAGGUGACUUUUUCUUUAACUGUCACUCAAACUAAAAACUGGGACACCGUUUUCAUGGAAAAAUAUGCCAGUUAAAGUUGAUAUAACACCACCACCACCAGCAAAUUCAAAGCAGCCUGGUGUAACGAAAUCCUUAUUGUACAACGGUUCUAAAUUUCAAGGACAUCAAAAAAGCAAGGGGAAUUCUUAUGAGGUCGAAGUGGUUUUGCAGCACGUCGAUGAAGAGAAUUCGUAUCUUUGUGGAUACCUAAAAAUAAAAGGAUUAACAGAAGAAUUCCCUACUCUCACAACCUUUUUUGAUGGAGAGAUUAUAUCAGCUAAAUACCCUUUUCUUACACGUAAAUGGGAUGCUGACGAAGAUGUCGAUAGGAAGCAUUGGAGUAAAUUUGAUUUAUUUGUGCCCUAUCUGAAAACAUUCAACUCUGAUUCAUUUGAUUAUGAGUCUCUUGCUAAGGCUGACUAUGUAUUUAUGAGAUGGAAAGAACACUUCCUAGUUCCCGAUCAUACAAUCAAGGAUAUAAAUGGUGCUUCAUUUGCGGGUUUCUACUAUAUAUGCUUCCACAAAUCGGCUGCAACUAUAGAAGGUUAUUAUUACCACAGAAGCUCUGAGUGGUAUCAAUCAUUGACUCUAAGCCAUGUCCCUGAACACAGCAUUCAAAUUUAUGAGUUCAGAUGAAACAACUUUGUGGAAACAUUGUAUUUUGAAUUUGUAUUUGUGUCCGCUAGUACUUACUUGUUCAUUAAGUCUCCAGUCAAAAAGACAUGAAAGGUUAAGAAUAUUAAGUUUUUCAGUAAUGUAAGUUAAGAUGUCUGAGCCCAACAAUAGCAAAUAUAAUUCAGAACAAAACAUCUCAGUAACAUUACUCUGUGCUUACCAUGAACAAUAAUCAAACAUUGU